AGUGGAAGUCUGGGCACAUGGCCGAGAGUCUCACCAACAUGCCCCGGCACUCACUCUACAUCAUCAUCGGAGCUCUCUGUGUGGCCUUCGUGCUCAUGCUCAUCAUCCUGAUUGUGGGCAUCUGCCGCAUCAGCCGCAUUGAGUACCAGGGCUCCUCCCGGCCAGCCUACGAGGAAUUUUACAACUGCCGCAGCAUUGACAGCGAGUUCAGCAAUGCCAUCGCGUCCAUCCGGCAUGCCAGGUUUGGGAAGAAAUCUCGGCCUGCAAUGUACGAUGUGACUCCCAUUGCCUACGAGGAUUACAGCCCUGAUGACAAGCCCUUGGUCACCCUGAUUAAAACAAAAGAUUUGUAAUCUUCA